GUGUAGUGAGCGAUGCGUGGAAUUAAUAUGAGGUCCCUCCUUGUGGUGGCGGCGCUGGCGCUGAGCGCCUCCGCGCUGCAGCUGGAUGAGCAGCAGCUGCUCUACAACUCUGCACCAGCGGGCUGCUCUGCGGCUCUCAAGUGCACGCCCCUCGAGUACUGCACGGCCGCCGGCGUCAUGUCCGAUGUCGUCGUCAACAUCUCCCCCGAGAAGCGCCUCUACAGCGCUCCCCUCACCGACUGCAGACUGGACGGCGGUCGUUUGGGCAAGUGCUGCCGCGACCCCAACUACACCGACCCCUGGCCCACCGACCUGAUCGGCAAGUGGGUUCCCGGAAUCUUCGAGCCCAAGCCCAAGAACGGAACCCUCAUCCUCGAACAAACGCGCACCACCCCCAAGCCUGCCGCCAUCGGUGGUCAGCUGGAGUUCGGUCUCGGUGGAAUUAAAGUUGAACAGCAGCAGGAAGUUGCCCAGGUCGCUGAAGUUGGAGUCGGACAAUACGAAAUCCCCGGCGAAACCAUCGUCGUUGAAGAGGGAGGCGUCGGUCAAUACCUCGAGGGAGGCUGGGGCGAAUUCGGCGUCGGCGGCCUCGGAGCAGCUUUCAAGCAAUCCAUCUACAGGAUCCUCCUCCAACCCUACUACGAAGGAGCCCAGUGCGGUCUCUUAAACGGCCGCCAACCUUUCGGUAACCACGCCCAGGGAGAGGCUGACUUCGCUCAGUACCCAUGGCAAGCGAUGGUGCUGGAACAGGACGGAGACGACAAGACCCUGCGCUGCGGUGGUGUCAUCACCCGCCCCGACGUCGUGCUCACAUCCGCCGCCUGCGUCGACGGAAUCGCUCCCGAGAAGAUCCUCAUCAAGGGUGGUGAAUGGAAGUUGGGAGUCGACGAGGAGCCCCUGCCGUACCAGAUCUCUCAGGUCAAGAACAUCGUGUACCACCCCUACUACCAGAGCGGCACCUACCAAUACGAUGUCGCCAUCCUCGUCCUCGCCGAGAACCUCCGCUUCAACCAGAACAUGUACCCCAUCUGCCUGCCCUCCGCCGAGGAGACCUUCGAGGCUCUGUACGGAGGUGCCGGUAUCGGCGGCGCUUUCGGACUCGGAUACGCCACCGCAUACGGCCAGUGCGUCGUCACCGGAUGGGGCAAGGAAGUCCUCCAAGCCCACCGUCGCGGUGCCAUCAUGCACGACCUCAACGUCACCCUCAUCAGGCCCGAAGAGUGCAAGGCCAGAAUCAACAAGUACUACCCCGAAUUCGAGAAAUACUUCAACAAGGAGAGCAGCGUGUGCGCCGAGCCCGCCAACCCUCUCAGCAACAUUUGCUCUGUCGACAUCGGUAGCGCCCUCGCCUGCCCCAACAAGGACGGUCACUACGUGCUCCGAGGCAUCUACUCCUGGGACUCUGGCUGCGAACAGCUCGGAAACCAGAUCGGUGCCUUCUACAAGUUCGACCUCGAGUGGUACCAGUGGGCCAUCGGACUCAUUGAGAGCGAGCGUUACUCUAGGUUCAACGUCGGCGCUCUGUUGGCCGGCGCCGAAGGCCAGAUAAAGGCUCAAGGCGAAAGUCUCGGAAUCAAACAGGAGGGUCUGCAGGUCGGACAGGUCGGCGGUGGAAUCUUCGGUAAGGGACAGGUCGGCGGCGGUGGAGUCUUCGGACAGGGACAGGUCGUGACCGUCACCACCAAACCGGAAUACUUCACCUACACCACCAAACCGGAAAUCUACACCUUCACCACGAAGCCCCAACUCGUGACCUACACCACCAAGCCCAAGAUCGUCACCUACACCACCAAGCCAAAAAUCGUGACCUACACGACCGCACCAAAAAUCGUGACCUACACCACCAAGCCUGAGAUUAUUUCUUACACCACGAAGCCCGAGAUCAUCACCUACACCACCAAGCCUAAGAUCGUGACUUACACCACCAAGCCCGAGUUCAUCUCGUACACGACCAAGCCCCAACUCGUGACCUACAACAUCCCGCCCCAGCAGUUCUCCGGCCUGCCCGUCGCCAAAAAGUAAACGAACUCCGAUUUAGGACCGGCCACUAUUCAGUAUGACAGAACAGCGACUGAAAUAAGAUAGAAAGUUCCGCCGUCUGAGGACUAUAGUCUAUUUCAUGUCAAUUUUGAUAGCAUCCUGCACCGGUUAGUGGCCUAAACGAUUCUGCAUUUCUUCCAUAUAGGACAUCCCGUUAACACCAGUUGUUUUUGUUGUAUUGACGUUAGGUGUUGACCGAGUCGUGCUAUCGGUCUGGUCGGCACUCUAAUAUUGUUAUGUUAAACUUUAAGCCUGUUUUAACGUGCUAUAUGGAUUAGUCAAUAAUUAUUAUUAUUUGUUUGUAAAUUGUAUAUAUUACUUUUGAUCUAAUUAGAUAUCGACUGCAUUUCUAAUUAGAAAUAAAUAUUACUUUAUUA